AUGGAUUAUAGAACGUUCAACUUUUCUUAUAACGAAUUCUACUUAAUUGGAUUCACGGAUCUGAAAGAGUAUCGGCAGUAUCUGUUCAUACCUUUUUUUGUCAUGUUCAUUUUCACAUUGUUUGCAAAUGGCAUCAUAAUCUUUGUGAUUGUCAAAGAAAGCAAGUUACAUGCCCCUAUGUACAUUCUCAUCGGGUUCAUUGCAGCACUCGGAUUUAUAGAGCCGAUAUUUCUCGUUCCGAGAAUGUUGAUCAGCUUUCUGUUCAACAAAAAUAUGAUUUACAGAAAUGAAUGUCUCAUUCAAAUGUUUUGUCUACAUAUGGCAGGUUUGUUCCAGUCAAGUAUUCUGGUCGGGAUGGCAGUGGACAGAUUUUUUGCCAUUAUGUUUCCCUUGCAGUACCAUGACUACGUCAACAUUAAAACCUCGCUAAUAUUCUGUUUGUCCCUUUGUUUCCGCAACUUGCUUUAUGUUGUCUCGAUGGUUGGGUUGCUUGGGCCGCUUUAUUUUUGUAAAUCAAAUGAGAUUUACCACUGUGUCUGUGAGCAUACAUCCGUUGUUAAUUUAGCUUGUGGUGAUCUCAGUAAGAAUUACAUGGCUGGAAUAAUCGGUUUCAGUUUGACGUCGAGCGACUGCGUUUUUAUCAUAUGCUCUUACAUGGUCAUUUUUGUGAUUAUUUUUCGGUCUCCUUCUGGGGAGUCACGGCAAAAAGCUAUCUAUACAUGUAGCACACAUUUGAUGGUCUUGGUCGUGGCCUUUCUGUCCGUUGUGGUGGCUUUUGUUGGCUACAGGGUGCCUACAAUACCUAGAGAUUUGCGUGUGUUGUGUACAUUGGGGUAUCUUCUUCUUCCUAACUGCUUCAACCCAGUAAUCUAUGGAAUAAGAACCAAGGAAAUCAGAGUUCAAGUUGUCAAAUAUUUAUCUUCUAAAUCUAAUAAGGUUGAUUCAUACUGA